GGAUCAAGCAAAGUUAACACCCCGUUUGGCUUUUCGCUUCUCUCUCUCAAAAGUUUAUUGGCGAAAAAUCCGUAAAGAGUGAAAAACAGAAGAGCAAGAAUGACAGGAGCCAAACAAGACGCAGGGGAAGAAGAGCGAGUGACUCUGGACCUUCUCAAGAAGAAAAUGGAUGAUUUUGCCAAGGAAAGAGACUGGGAAAAAUUCCACAGCCCCAGAAAUCUUCUUCUGGCUUUGGUUGGAGAAAUUGGGGAGCUAUCUGAAAUAUUUCAAUGGAAAGGGGAAGUCCCAAAAGGGCUGCCUGAUUGGAAAGAAGAGGAAAAGGUGCAUCUGGGGGAGGAGUUAUCCGACGUUUUGCUAUACCUGAUUAGGUUAUCCGACAUUUGUGGUAUUGACUUGGAUAAGGCUGCCCUCCGUAAGAUAGAGCUGAACGGGGUGAAAUACCCGGUUUGCCCCUCCAAGGGCGCCGCAGACCAGAGCAAGGAUGAUGACGUCAAGGAGUGAGAUAUGUUAAUGGGCCCAAAAUUUGGAAUUCUAAGUUUUAGACUUUUAGUUUUUGGUGUGGUUUUAUGUUUUGCUAAAAAAGGGAAGGUUUUGUUGUUAUCCUGGCUAUUUUGUAUUUUGCUAGAAAUGGAAAGUGGUGGGGAGGGGUGGGGUGGGUAUUUUACUAAUUAGUGUGUAGUGUGCUUUUGGGUGAUGGGAAAAUCUCGAAGAUUUUGUGAUUUUGUGGGCAACAGUUUUUCUAUGAAGCAUGUGGAUUGUUUUUAUUAAGGAGUCAUCGGCUGAGGUGGCAUUUAUAUGGCAUGAACAAUGGCACUAAAAUAAAACACACCUGUCAUUUACCAGUCAUCAUUAGCAACAAUCAUAUCAAAAUACUAAAAAGUAACAA